GUAGAGACGGAGACAACGGAGAGUCAUGCAGAGACUCCAACGGAAUCGGCUGAUGAAUGGGUGCAAUGUUGUGCGGGAAAUGCAUUUAUGUACACGCAUCGUAAUUUCUUGAAGACCUGGCAAUAAACUUGGUGUCAGCUCAGUUUGACGAAGUGCGGAGUACGUUGAGACGCUUCAAUUCCCACCCUCAAAACACCAGUAAAGAAUGGACGAAAUCGCCUGUCCCAGAUGCAAGACGACCAAGUACAGAAACCCGUCCUUGAAGUUGAUGGUCAAUGUUUGUGGACAUGCUCUCUGUGAAAGCUGCGUAGAGCUCCUUUUUGUAAAGGGCGCUAACGCCUGUCCACAAUGCAACAUCGCCCUUCGACGAGCUAACUUCAGAUUACAGGUAUUCGAGGAUGCUGUUGUCGAAAAGGGAGUCGACAUCAGAAAGAAAAUACUGAAGGAUUUCAACAAGCGUGAAGAAGACUUUGAAUCUCUACGGGCCUACAACGACUACCUGGAGGAAGUGGAAACAAUCAUCUAUAACUUAACGCAUGACAUCGACACGGAGGGAACACGGCGUAAAGUGGAGCAAUAUAAGCGCGAAAACAAGACGCAGAUAGCAAAGAGCAAAUCUAAACUCUCGCACGAUGAAGAGCUCUUGGAGGAACUCCUGGAACAGGAACAGCAAGAAACUGAACUUCGGCGGCAACAGCUGCAGGAACAGGAAAGAGAGGCGCAGCGAGAGAAGAUAAAGCAGAAGGAAAUGUUAAUCGACGACCUCAUGUUUUCCGAUCUUCCAGCGAAUAAGAUUCUUGCAACUCACGGUGACAGAAGCAAGGCUGUGGCAAACAAACCUCUACCACCAAAGCCUACUACAGCAGAGUUUUCAACUGGAAUUAAGUUUAGACAUCGAGAAGCAUUUCUACCUGUCCCAAAGGUUCAAGAAGGUCCACUGUAUACAUACACUGCACUGGGGGUGGAUCUGUGCGGACCACAAGCACCGAGUCCAAAAACCCUCACGAACUACACGGCUAACGUGAGGGCUGCGGCCGAUUCCGAGAAGGCAGGGGGUUUUAUCUCAGACUAUGCUUGUCAAAGGGCAUUGCAAGAUGCCUUCUGUGGAUUGUUCUUUCGACCCACCACACCUCAUCGAACAGAAGAACAGGUGUCCUAAUCAGCGUGGGAUGAAAUCUGCAAUAAGGUUAUUUUCUAGAGACUUUUUAUGAGCAAUCUCUCGAAUAACAAAUAAUGUGUGCGCUGAGCAAUAGUCAUUUAGUAAUGCAACUACGCAAGAGUGCUGUGUACGACUUCGGCACCCAUCAUUUUGUGGUGUCACUUAUUGUGGACGUUGCACGUUCUGCAUAACUGCAUAAAGUGGCAAAAUGAUCACCUGCA